AUGAGCGCGGCUGUGGCCGAUGAGGCAAGCGCGCCGCUUAAGAUUGAGUUUGACAGCAAUGUAGAGCUAACAAUACACGGAGCUUUUCUUCCUACUGCACGGCUGCUACAGUGUGACCCUGCGGCGCAGCUGAGUGUGUCCACGCUGCGCAAGACAAUGCCUGCUCGUGGCGCGACUGCUGGAGGCAGGUCGAUGACAACGAGUACUGUUGCAACUGAGCAUCAUGUCGCCUUCACGCGGCGGCAGUACUUUACGUCAAAACCAAACUUUAAUGAGACUUUGCGUUUUUUGGUUCCCGGUGCGAGGGUUCACUGUCCGACCGGAAAGGGAUCACUGGCCAGAGUGCAAAAACAGAUGGGCUUAACGACUGACACGCUUGAGGAUGAACAAGGUGUGGAACAGCGCGUUAUCAUCACAUUGGAGGAUGCGCAGGGUGAGGCUUACGGCCAGGCAGUGUGUCCAUUUAUGUUGCAUGCCCCGAGCAGAUCCACACAGCCGGUACGUCUCAUGCUACAGCCACGCAACGCACACGACAAGUUUGAUCCGCUGUUUAAAAAGGAUGUGGCAAAACUUGUAAAAUGUGGCAUGGAUGACUUUGGCUUUGUGACGGUAUCGUGGGACGUCUCACUUUCCCCGCACGGAGGUGCCCUCAUCACUGCGUCACCGACAUCUGUGAAUCAGCCAAUGUUCCCUGUGGGACUGGUGCUUCGAGCGACGUGGCUUGUGCCGGGCCACACAUACCAACGUGGCACCCAGUAUACUACCUCUGUAGAGUUUGGGGGGCAGGAUCGUUUCGUGUUUGACGGGGCUAACCCGUUAUUUCUUACAAUACAGAACGCAACUCAGCUUGAGCGGGCAAUUAUUCAUUGCACCAUUCAGAACGCAAUGAACCACACCAACGCCUACGAUGUGGCGGUGACGUUGCCCAUACAACCCAUGGCUUCAUUCGCUAUGGAGCGCGAUGUGUGGUGGACGACUGCUGUGCGCACCGCCCGCGGGACGGACUUGGGACUUCUUUUUGCUUGCAUCCGAUUGGUACGCCAGCCACUGGGAGGCGAAACGCCCAUGUGUGCAGAGGAAUACUGUGGUCUCAUUAAUGAUCCAGCGCACCAGGCGCAGUACGCGCAUGUCGCGAGGGAUUGGGGUAGACCACCACCGGAUGUACCACCUGGAGCCUAUCAACCGAUUUUCUGGGAGUCAGAUCAGCAUAUCACACGAGCGACGGAACGGCGAUGGAAGCGAGACUGUAUUAUGGAGGCGAACCCUUCCAUGGUGCAUGUGCGGCAUUUGUUGGAUGUAAUAAUGGGACGCGCAGCACUUGAUCCUGGUGUGGCGCGUGUUCUAUCUGUGUUUUUUAACCAGGCAGAACCCGGGUUUUCUCCAAAUGAGCUAAGGCAGUUUCUUGUCACUUGUACGUUUCAUGUAAGGACUAUGACACCGCUGGAGGCGGCGCGCUUUUGUUUUUUUGCGCUUCGUUGCGACAUGGAACAAGCCAUUGCAAGGGAUGACGUGAUAUUUAUACUUGAACACGCUCUUAUUGGGCGUACCAUUGAAAUGCCUGAGAUGGAGGUGCGACGCCGCGUGGUAGAUAUCUUUGGCGACACUACGUAUGUCAUUUUUGAAGACUUUGUGCGGUACUUUAUUCAUAAUUAUGCAAUGUGGUACGCCUUUGGGGUGCCUAUCACGGUGAGUGAAGAACGUUCAGGGCGUGGCAGUGAUGUGGCUCAGUCCCCCACGCUGCAACCUACACAGAUGUCAGCACUGUUCAAGGCGGAAGGGCCCAAUGCGAAGACCCAUGCAGCACCCGCAACAAGUACCGUUAGUUAUAAUAACAGCAAAGCUGCGGCGGCCGCAGUGGUGGGACAAGCAGCUGCAACAACGGCAACCGCAAAAGCUGCGAUGCCACACGAUGAAGGGGUUUGGCGUACAUUUAUAGCUCGUGUCCAACACAGCAACAAGGCGUUCAGUGUUACGGCGCAUGUGAAUGACACCAUUUCUGACGUGAUGCUGAUGGUUCAGAACAGCACAGGCAUUCGUGCAGCAUGCCAGGAGUGGCGGACAGGGGGUGUGGCACUCGACCCUAAGUGCAGGCUGGAAACCACCGAGCUCGGUCUCGGAAAGAGUGAAGUUGCUGCACCAGAAGUAAUCAUCAUCGCGCGGGAUGAAGUCGUACGCCUUGUGAUGGUGUACAAAGAUAAGGGUUUUCGCUGGGAUGUGCGUCUGCCUGCCACUGAAAGGGUACUAAAACUUCGUGCUCUGGUGCAACAGAAGACCAUGAUACCUUUGACACGAUGUGUGUUACAGGCCCACGGCUCGUUUCUGUUGGAUCGGCAUCCAUUGAUGCACUACAAUCUGCAGGAUGGCGAUGUUGUCACCAUCACGCAGGAGUAA